UAUGAUGUUUUUUUUUAGGUUUAUAAGGAGGUGCAACAGGAAAUCAUCAGCCUUUUCGAUCGCCUCGUCUAUCGAAUAUUGAGAAUGCAAAAAGUAUAUAUGAGCUCUCCGAGUGGAAUUGUGGGCACAUGGGGCUAUAGCUGCGAUUUGUGGCAGAUGGACAUUUGGGGUAUUUUUAAUGUUCCCGUAAUUUUUGACCAACUGCCGGUUCCCGUAAUGUUGGCCGAGUUUAAUUGCUGCGGUGUUGAGGUCCAGGUGCCAAAAUCAGUCCUUAAGGAUUGCCUCACCAUACGAUGUGUCCAUACCAGCUUCGAUCAUUAUUCGCAGAACGCCAGUAGCGCUGAACUAUAUUUGGUCGAUAGUAUGUACUUGCCCAGUUCAGGCAUCAAGGACAUGGAGGAGUCGCUUGUUAGCGAAUGGAUAAUGCAGCAGGAUAUUCAAGCGGAAAUUUUGGACGCUAUGAUCCGAAGGUAUCAGGACUAUGUGGACACAAUGAACCUGAUUGCUGAAAGAACAGAACUUGCCGCCAAGGUCGAAAGCAAGGGCGAUGCGGAGGGAAAGGGUCGGACUUCCAAGAUUAUCAUUCCAAAGACACCCAAAGUGGUGCCUCCAGUACCGGAGGGCAUGGUUCCCGACAUUUAUGAGGAAUUCGUAUACCGCGAAGAGAAUCUGUAUAGAAACUACCUAGAAGUUGCCUUUGAUCCCAAACACAUCAACUUAAUGCCGAAAGAUAUUAAUAUGCGCCAGUACAUUAUAGCCGGUGGGAUAUAUUCAUUGAUGGUUGUGGAACGUCCCGAACAGACGACCUACCAGAAGCUAAGUGUUCUUCUCCACGAGGAUAAUAGAAAAGUGCAGAACUUACCGGAUGUGGUGUGCCUGACCGAUGGUAUGGGCCAAACCACGAGCCUAAAGAUUUCAGAGUUGACCAAAUUCGAUGAACGGAACAGCCUAUUCAAGUUGGAUGAGAGUGACUUGCCGUACUUCAAUGUAACGAUAAAGCUGCCGCCGGAUCUGUGUAGAUGGGGCACUCCCCAGGUGUGCCACUUUCUAAGCAGCACCCAUAAAAACCUAAUGAGUAGAAAACGAUCCACUGCUUCUCUCAGCUACUUUGAUCACUCAAGGGUUUCAACUCGUUGCUCGUACUUCAGUACCACCAACAAAAUGUCCUUGUUGGCAAAUGCAUUUGCUCCCUCAAUGAUGGACAUACUGAGCUACAGCAAAAUCUCUUUUUCUGUGGAUAAGGUUUUGCGGCGAAAGGAUUUUGAACUAGACAAGCUGUUGAACAAGGUGGAAGUGAUGAACCUAAAAAAUGCCUGCCUACCCCGCAUAAUAUCGUCCUUUAAGAUGCCCAGGGAUUUCCUUGAUGCCUCCUUGAAGGAGGCUGAAGCUCAAGUUAAGACCCAUGCCUUGGUGAAGCGUUUCGAUAUUGCCGAUGCCGUGGAAGAGGCACCUAAGUUGGAUAACUUCAAGUUCGAAACCCAAGAAGAUCCUGAAAGGAUGUUUCCCCACUUUGACACUCACAUUCACCUGGACUAUGAUUCCGAUGAGGAGGUUGAUGACACUAAAAAGACCGCCAACGGAUUGGUGGCCACUUUCGAUUCGAUUAUGGUCCAGUAUAUCAACAAACCCAAUGCCAUUUUGCGUCAGGUCGAUGCCAAUACGAAGAAAAACGUGAAAAAAGGGGUUCUAGAAGAACAGGAACAGGAAUUUGUCUUUACUGAUAAGUCAGAUUUGAAGAGGGGUUCUAGAAAGAGCAAGGAAGGAAGCGACCCUCCCAAGGGUGCAAAGAAAUUAGAUCCAAACAAAAGGCGCAUUUCGCUAAAUGUUCCGUCAAGGUACAGUAUUAUGACAACAAAAUCAGACACUGCACUUUCACCUUUUGGCGUUCCAUCGAGGGAGUCUAUACACAAAAAGCCACGCUCCUCUAAAAAAAAGUUGGCGGAUUCUAGUUUCGCAUCUUUGCGUCGAGAUUAUGAUGAAGACUACGAGGAUAGUAAUGGUGACACCGUUGAAAAGGUUCAGCAAUGGUCUACUAAGUACAUUAAGAACAUGAAGGUAAAUGCGGAGGAAAACACCAUCAGCUUCAAAACCGAUCGUUUGGGUACCUUUGGACUUUGUUUCAAGCGAUACGAGCACUUUCCUUUUCGCGAUUGGGUGCUGCAGCCGAACGAGGAAAAUCCCAAUGAGGUAAUGAUUAAAUUAGACACUUUCCAUGUGAGAACUAUCUUUUAUAUCAGUGCGCAGGGAGUGCGUGGCUAUGUCACUGAUAUAACUGAUGGUUACGUGGCCAAGCCAGUCAAAUAUCUAGAAAUCAAAGAGCCCAUUGGUGACUUUCGCCAGUUAAGAAAGAACAUACUUAUAAUGUGA